GCCGUGCUGCUGGGCACCCCGGGGGCUCUGCGGACCGCGCUGCGGUGGCGCUUCCUGGUCCUUGGGCGGCUGCGCUGGCUGGUGCUGGACGAGGCGGACGCACUGAUAGACGACGAGUCCUUUGCCGCGCCGCUGCAAGAGGUCCUGGCGCACGCCCCACUUGCCGCGGGUGCCCCCGGGCCGGCUGGCCCCGGGGAGGAGAGGACCCAGGUGGUGGUGGUGGGAGCCACCUUCCCUGCGGGGCUCAGCCAGAUGCUUGCGAGGUUUGUCGACGUGGACUCCUUUGUCAACCUCAGUACCCAGAGUUUGCAUCGCCUGCCGUCGCAUGUCCAGCAGAAAUUUGUCCGUCUCAAAGGCCAGGACAAGCUGCCUGAACUGGUGCAGCUCCUCAAGGAGCGCUCAGCAUCCAGUGGGGCUGUCCUCAUCUUCUGCAACAGUGCCAGCACUGUCAACUGGCUGGGCUAUAUCCUGGAUGACCACAAAAUCAAGCACCUGAGGUUACAGGGACAGAUGUUGGCAGCUGCCAGAGCUGGCAUCUUUGCCUCCUUUCAGAAGGGAGAUGUGUCUGUCCUCAUCUGCACUGACCUUGCCUCACGGGGGUUGGACACUAGCAGCGUGCAGCUCGUGGUCAACUAUGACUUCCCAAACACCCUGCAGGAUUACCUACACCGCGUGGGGCGUGUUGGGCGGGUCGGAAGCAAGAUGCCUGGAGCUGUGGUUAGCUUUGUAACCCACCGAUGGGAUGUGGACCUGGUGCAGAAAAUAGAGACUGCUGCUCGAAAAAGGACAAGUCUCCCAGGCAUGGACGCUUCUAUUAAUGAACCUCCACCUAAAGCAGGUUGAUUUGAGUUGGUAAUAUGUGGCCUGGUAGGGACUAAAUUGAAUCCAUUAAGACACAACAAGUAAGUGUGUGAGGUAGGCUGAAAUGGUAGAGAAUUGACUUUCGGAACAAGAUGAUCUGGUUAACUUUGUGCACUGUGAUGUGCAGUUCUGUUGCAUUUCAAUGUCCUUUAUCAUUAGCAGCUAAACAUCAUUUUUUAAAAUGUCUACUGGCAGGAAAAAAGAAAUUAUCUUCCCAACCUUGUUGCAACUUUGACCCAAUUUAGUUACAUGGUGGAAAGGCAAAAUGACAAAUUAUGUUGGAUUUUUUUAUGGCAGCUUAUUCAGAGAAUUGUAGACCAGAUACCUCUAAAGAUGGGUGGGAGAAAAAUUGUAUAAUAAAACUGAAGGCUUUUUCAGGCUUUGAUGUCUUUCACUGAGAAUAAACAUUGGUGCUGCUUUAUUGUAUUAAAAAAGGCAUUGAGUCUUCA